UCGCCGACCACAAUGUCAGAUAUCUAUAAAAAAAAAAAAUAAAUAACAAUAAUAAUAUGAACGUAAAAAAAAUAAUAAUAACGAAUAUAUCGAAAAUCGCGCCAUUACAAGUCGACGCGCGUAUUAAAUGUCUACAUAAGGUUUCUUGUCCCACCGGAGGCGGUUCGAAUUACCCAUAUUACACUGGUGCCAUAUACAUAAUUGUACAUAAAGUAAUAUAUUUUUUUACAGAGAAUAAUAAUAAUAAUAAAAAAAUAAGACAAUUAUUAUUAGGGUCAACAAUGCGCACACCCGCAGACAAAAACAAAAUACAAUUCGGUACCUAUACGUGUUUUUUACGAUUCGACCGAGCCACCAGUCUUCUCCUUAAAUGGGCAGUAGGUCCGCUCUAGAGGCCGUUCACAACACAUUCUCGCCCAUGUCGUUUAUUAGUAGGACAAAUUAUGUGUAAUUUUAUUCUUUGAUUGAAAUUAUUAUCAUUUAACCGAAUAAUAACGUUAAGUAAAACAAAUUUUUACUCUUGAAGACGAUUCAAAGUCAAAACUUUGGUCAAAAACAGAGAUAGAGAAAGAGAGAGAGAGAGGUGAUUUAUGGACGUGUGUGUGUGAGUGUACAUUAUGUGUUUGCGAGUGUGUGAUGUGUGAGCGAAGAAAGAAAUCAAAAACCAGGUCACCAUCAUCAUUAUGCGCGUUUGAAGGAAAUGUGCGGCAUGCAAAAGAAACCAUCCAUGCGUGCUCUGAUCAUAUAGUCAUGUUAUUCUUCACUAUUACAGCAGCAGUCACAGGUGAUGUACAGAACACAACUGUACACGACACAAGAAAUAACAGCGAAAAACAUUACAUGUAGCCUAUGUUUGUCUCGUUCUGUUCUCGAUGCAAAUUUCAAUCGGCCAUGGAGAAAAUAUCGUAACUACCUACUUACGGGCCUAGAAGUUUGUCUUACAGACGUACGAAAUACAUUUUCAGUUGUGACUUACCUUUAUCGGUGCUGAUCGGUUCUCUAUUAGCCUAUAUAUUAUGACUAAAAAAAAAAAUGCCAUUAUCGUGAAUCCAAAAUUCAACAGUUUAUCAAACAUUUUGUUUUUGGUUUUGAAUAUAUUAUAAUCGUCUUCAAUCUAUAUCAUAAUAAUAGUUAUUAAUUAUUAUUAUUUUCACUCGAAAACUUCUAUGAAACGUCUUACUUGUAUGACAAACGAUUGGUCCAUACUCUGCAUACCUACUACAAAUAAUUAUUAUAUAAAAAUAAGUCCGGUUUUCCUCCCUGACGCUAUAACUCCAGAACGCACGAACCGAUUUCCACGGUUUUGCAUUCGUUGGAAAGGUCUUGGGUUCCGUGAGGUUUAUAGCAAAGAAAAUUCUGGAAAAUUCAGGAAAAAUUCAACAGAAAAGUGGGGAAAUCGUUUUUCACAUACAGCGCCAUCUAUUAUACAUAGCAUGUACUUCAAACCAAUAGCAACGGUGCGUGAUAAAGUGUGUGACAGAUAGUCAUUAUUCUCUGCUCAGUUAAUUUCAUUUAAGCUCAGUGUAAAUUAUGUGGAUCGUGCAUUUGAAGUUAAAUUCAACACUCUGUCCAUAGUCCAAAAUGCCUAGAGAACGACGUGCGAACAGCAACAAGUCUAUUCAAGGAACUUAAGAGAAGAAAGACAAAAUAUAAUAAGAGAAAAUGACCGAUUGAGACAUCGCGUGAGCACACGAAGAUCAUUGGCAUCAUACAAUCGCUUGGCAUUCCAAUAUGAUCCCACUGCGAACUACAGUGAUGAUGAAAAUUUGGAUAUUGGACGAAUGACGACUAUAUGCCGAUAUUGCAAUGCGGUAAAGUUCAAAAGAGAAACGGUUGGAUUGUGCUGCGCAAGUGGAAAAGUCAAACUGGAUCCAUUACUUACACCACCACAGCCACUGAAAACAUUGUUUGAUGGAAGUGAUCCCGAUUCCAGCCAUUUUCUUCAACACAUCCUUGAAUACAAUAACUGCUUUCGCAUGACUUCCUUUGGAGCUAAUAUCAUUCGAGAAGGCGGCUUCAUGCCGACUUGCAAGAUACAAGGUCAAAUAUAUCAUUUGCAUGGUUCAAUGGUGCCAACACCAGAUGAACCGCAUCAAUUUCUGCAAAUAUAUUUCAUUUCGUCGAUGGUGGAUCAGCUGAACGUGCGGUGCAAUAUACAGGGAGCACAACAGUUAAAGAGACGAAUUAUUGAACAGUUGCAAGCAUUUUUUCACGCUAAUAAUGCUGUGGUUAAUAUGUUCAAAACAGCAUUGGAACGAAUGCCAUCGGAUACGCACAAAUUUGUCAUAAGAGCGGAUUGUACUCCAACAGGUGAACAUGUGCGAAGAUUCAAUGCACCCACCGUUAAUGAUGUUGCUGCAAUUAUUGUUGGCGAUCCAACUAAAUCACGAGACAUUGUCGUUCAGCGAAGAAGCAAUAUCAUGCAUCGUGUAAACGAGACACAUCGUUUGUACGAUGCGUUACAAUAUCCAAUCAUUUAUUGGCAAGGGCAAGACGGAUACGACAUCACGUUGAAGAUGGUCGAUCCAAUUACAGGAGUAUCAACGAAUAAUAAAAAUCUAAGCGCAAUGAAUUACUAUGCGUAUCGUAUGAUGAUUCGUACACAUGAGGAGAAUGUCAUUCUGAAGUGCGGUCGGCUAUUCCAGCAAUUCGCUGUCGACAUGUAUGUCAAAGUCGAGACCGAACGUUUAGCGUUCAUCAGAUUCAAUCAGCCAAAGCUACGAUCUGAGGACUAUAUACACUUGCGUGAUGCUAUUCAUUCAGAUGGUGAUGUUCAGAAUAUUGGACGACUGACGAUUCUCCCAUCAACUUAUAUCGGAAGCCCACGCCACAUGCACGAAUACGCUCAAGACGCUAUGACGUACGUGCGAAAUUAUGGAACUCCGGAUUUAUUUAUUACGGUCACAUGCAAUCCGAAGUGGACGGAAAUUGAACGCGAGUUGGAACCGGGUCAAAAACCGCAAGAUCGCCAUGACAUAAUCGCCAGAGUAUUUCAGCAAAAACUCAAGGUUAUGAUGGAUGUGCUUACUAAGUAUCGAGUUUUUGGUGACACACGUUGUUAUAUGUACUCGGUGGAAUGGCAGAAGCGUGGACUACCGCAUGCUCAUAUCCUAAUUUGGUUGCUGAACAAAUUACAUUCAAAUGAAGUGGAUGACAUCAUAUCAGCUGAAAUUCCUGAUCCAGUCACUGAUCCCCGUCUACACGACAUUGUGACGACACAGAUGGUGCAUGGACCGUGCGGUGCAUUAAAUCCAUUAUCGCCUUGCAUAGUUGAUGGAAAGUGCACAAAACGAUAUCCGCGACCGUUAGUUGCUGAAACAGUCACAGGGAACGAUGGAUAUCCAGUUUAUCGUCGGCGUUCAAAAGAAGAUAACGGUCGAACUAUCAAAGUUAAAGUUCAAAAUCAAGAGAUUGAGAUCGGAAAUGAAUUCAUUGUACCAUAUUGCCCGCUGCUAUCACGAAUUUUCGAAACACAUGCAAACGUUGAGAGUUGUCAUUCGGCCAAAUCAAUCAAAUAUUUGUGCAAGUACGUCACAAAAGGCAGCGACAUGGCUGUGUUUGGUAUUGCGUCGGAAAAUGUGAAUGACGAAAUCAGCAACUUCCAAAUGGGCAGAUACGUCAGUACUAAUGAAGCACUGUGGCGAUUAUUGUCAUUUCAAAUUCAUGAAAGAUAUCCCACAGUUGUACAUUUAGCAGUGCAUUUGGAAAAUGGCCAAAGAGUUUACUUCACUGAGGCUAAUGCGGCACAACGAGCUGAGAGACCACCAUCGACAACAUUGACUAGCUUCUGUCGUAUACGCCGAUCAAAUCGUACAUAUAGACAUAAACACACAACAGAAUUCAAUAUUACACUUUAG